AUGGAUCCGCGCAAGGACACAAAGGGUGCUGAGGGUCCCUACGCCCUCUGCUCGACGGAAGGCAAGCAAAUUUAUACGGUAGACGCCGACAAUUCCCGCGUUGAGUGCGUCGUUGUCAACGGGCCUCAUAUCGUGGAUACUGGCUCUCUUCGCGAGGUCACGGCUCGCUGGCAGGCGAACACCACUGGCCUUGAAGGAGAGUCCAACGGUGGUCUCAGCGUUCGUUUCAUCCCCCGUGGCGGUAUUGCUAUUCCCGGCUUUACCGACGCUCACGCCCACAUCCUUGAGUACGGCGCCGCUCAGGAGCUGGCCCUCGAAGGCUCCAAGACCAUUCAAGAUGCUGUAGCGCUCGUCCGAAGCUUCAUCCUGACCAAUCCAGUCGUUCAGAAGGAUCCUACGAGGUUCAUCACAGGCGGGGGAUGGGACCACACUGUAUGGAACGGAACAUGGCCCUCUGCGGCCGAUUUGGACUCGGACCCGAUCAUUCAAGGCCGUCCUAUCGUCCUGCAAAGCAAGGAUUGUCAUGCUUUGUGGGUUUCUGCCAAGGCGCUGGAGAUGAUGGGCGAGCUGCCGCGCGAGGUCGAAGGCGGUGUCAUCGUGCGGGAUGCUGCAGGCAACCCGACAGGUCUCAUGCUUGACAACGCUCAAGAGCUCGUAAAGCAGCCGCCUCUCACCGAGGACGAUCUGGAGCGCCGUUUUUCAAUUACCGUCAAUGCUGCUCACAAGUACGGUGUCACAGCCAUUCACGACGCCGGCCUCGAUCCGGUAUCGUUACGUUUCUUCAAAAGCCGGGCCGCGAAAGGAAGACUUCCUAUCCGGGUCUACGCCAUGAAUCUCUUCGAUGAGACGCGCGAGUACUGGGGCGACAAGAUGGAGAAGGUCUCUGGCGAGGGAGACGGCACACUCACUGCUCGGAGUGUCAAGAUAUUUGCCGACGGCAAGCAAUGCUUUCCGAGCUUCGCUCACCACUGUUUGCAGCUCUAUGAACCUUAUGAGGAUAACCCCUCUACUCCGGGGUUCAUGCGCAUCGCGCCGGAGACGCUCUUCGACAUCAUCCCGCGUUUCCUGAAGGAUGGAUGGCAGACUUGCGUUCACGCCAUUGGUGAUCGUGCCAACGGCAUAGUCCUCGAUGCCUUUGAGGCGGCCCUCGAUGGUGCGAACGUGACCGCCCUCCGCCCCCGCCUCGAGCACGCGCAGAUGAUGGCGCCCGCGGACAUGGCCCGGCUCGGCAAGCUCGGAGUCAUCGCCAGUGUUCAGCCCACUCACGCCAUCAGCGACAUGUGGUACGCGCAGGAUCGCCUCGGACCGGAGCGUGUCAAGCGUCUCUAUGCGUUCCGUUCUUUGGUCGAUAACGGUGCUCGUCUUGCGUUGGGAACGGACGCCCCAGUGGAGGAUAUCAACCCUAUGAUCACUUUCUACGCCUCCAUCACACGUCUGUCGCCCGAUGGCAAGUCGCCUCAUGGUACGGAUGGAUGGUUCCCGGAGCAGCGUUUGAGCCGGACUGAGGCUCUGAGAGGCAUGACCAUCGAUGCUGCCUACGCAUCCUUUACGGAGAAGACCCUCGGAUCCCUCGAGCGCGGGAAACUCGCGGACAUCGUCGUCCUCAACCAGGACAUCAUGAAGGUCGACGCCGACAAGCUUCUGUCCACCAAGGUCCUCGCGACGGUCAUUGAAGGCCAGGUCGUCUACGGCGACCUCUGA